AGUCGAGUUUACACAGCUGAUGAGAAGCUUUUUCUGUUUUUCCGUAAAACGGUUUUGGUUUCCAAACAUGCAAAAAAAAUACACGACAGCUAAAAGUGUCCUUUAACCUCAGAGCGUCAUGGAUCCAGUGUUUGAACGGCACUGCUCGGAGCUGGUGGCCCGGGAGCGGAGCGGACACACGGCCGUGGUGGAGGGAGACCUGCUGUAUGUGUGGGGAGGCUACAUGUCCAUUGCUGAUGAUGAAGUUUUCCUACCCAAUGAUGAAAUCUGGGCCUAUGAUCUAGAAGGAGGUGUAUGGAAAGUGUUUCACAUGUCAGGAGAAGUCCCUCCCUCCAUGUCUGGGACCUGCUCCUGCUCCCUGGACGGACACAUGUACGUAUUUGGAGGUUGUGAUGAUAAUGGACAAACCAAUCAGAUGUACUGUGUCGACCUGACAGACAGCAAAUAUAUGUGGAAGAAGAUCAUACAUCAGUUCGGCUCUGCUCCGUCACCUCGAGAUAAAUUGUCCUGCUGGGUUUAUAAUGGAAGGAUGAUCUACUUUGGAGGAUAUGGUCACAAACUACUGACCAGUGUUGAUAGCAGGAACAGAAGCUUCAUUGUAGAUGAAACAUCAUGGGUAGAGGAUGUCUUCUGGGGAUGGAACAAUGAGGUCCAUAUAUUUGACCCCAUUCAAUCCAGUUGGAGUGAACCACAAACCCAAGGCCGAGCUCCUGCCCCGAGGGCAGCUCACGCCAGCGCCACGCUCGGUUGUCGAGGAUACGUUUGUGGAGGAAGAGUCAUGGAAACCAGGACAAGUGACAUUCAUUGUUUAGACUUUGAAUCAUGGACGUGGUCAGAAAUACUCCCGGUGUCCACCACUCCAGUGGGCAGAUCAUGGCACACGCUCACCGCUGUAUCAGACAAUGCAUUGUUCCUGUUUGGAGGUCUCAGUGUAGACUGCAAACCAAUGAGCGAUGGAUGGUUGCUUGAUGUCGAAACAAAGAAAUGGAGGGAAGUCGAGCAUCCCUUUAAGAAUAAACCAAGGUUGUGGCACACAGCAUGUCCAAGCAAAGACUCUGAUGUGAUUGUGUUUGGCGGAAGUUGUGACUACAUCCUCCUUGUCGACACUGGUCACUGCAACGAUGCACUUGUCUUCCAGAUGCAGCCGUAUCCUCUGUUCCGGAUUUGUCAGGAUUACAUCGCAAAGAACGUGAGGAACUCCGAGAUGCUCAGAAAUCAGCUUCCUCACCUGCCUCCCAAACUCCUGAAGGCAGUGCAGAGGAGGAUAUCUUUCUACAGGCCUUCAAAGAAACAAAAUGUUACCUAAAAAACAUGUUCAAUGCCAACAUGAAUGCAAUAACCUACAAGUUUUUUUUUCUUCAAAAGUACUGUACUUCCUUAAAUGUGAACGUCUCCUUCACAUGAGGCAUAGAGUUUUUAUUUAAAUAUAUGGUGCAAAAUAUUUUAUGGUGUUUUAUGUUAUUGUUUUACAAAUACAAAUUUUAUUUUGUACAGUCAGCCUGCUGAAACUCUCAACUUACAAUUAAAAGAAGAAUUGAAACGUU